GCCACAGCGCCUGACCACGCAGCGUCUGCAUGAAAUGCACGAAAACAUUUUAGUAUUUUAAUGUAAAUGUAAAUGUACAACAUCGCGUCGAGGUGUGGAGCACGUGGGAUAUUACGUUUUAACGACUAUAUUUUAAUCUCAGCAAGACGUGAGCGCUCUUUAAGCGGAAAGUCUUUCUACGACUCACGGAUCCUGAGUUUCAGGGUGGCAGAGGUGCUGUGAUGGAUCCUGCUAUGGGGAGAGUCCUCUCAUUGGUUCUUCUUGCCACGUUUUGGGGGCCUGUGACAAUGGAGAAUGACAGAAACUUCAAGAUGUGCGGAAUAUGGACUCUCAAUAGCCUGCCGCCAGUGCUGGCUUCCAAGGUAUCACCUGGCUGUGAGGGCAUCAUCAUUUCAGCCAACAGUAGCACUCUUUCAGUGGAGGGCAAGAUCUCGGCUCAGUGUUUGACUAACAGGAGAUGGAUCCUGAGCACGUCCCAGGACCCCAUGAACUUCUGCGUCUUCUGGGAUCCCCUGCUGGACAUGCUGACCGUGCAGGUGGACAGAGAGGAGAUCCAUGUCUGCCCAUCUCUGGGUCUUCAGGGAUCCUGCUGCACCGACCUGUCCGCUGCAGGCCAGAAGAUGUCCUCCGUCUACGGCAUCAAGGACGGCUCCGUACAUGGAGACCUUCUAAAUAGCCGAGUCAUGGCAGAGUACAAGUUUAAAGGCGACACAAUUAACUGUGCCGAGCAGUUCUGUAGUAAAGCGGUACAGGAGUCCUGGGGCGCGAACAUGAUAGAAGAAGCAGUGAUUCAGUCUGGGGUGGUAGGCAGGGUGGAGCUGCCGUGUGCUCAGGGCACCGUGAUCGAGAUGAAGGAGGACUUUACAGGAUACAAUGUCACCCUGCCUACUCCAGGAAGUGUGCCUCCACACGUCUUUCCUUCAGUGCACCUACCUGCAAGUCUGAAACCAGCACAAAAAAAGAACGCCAAAGUCGUCUGUACCUACUACAAGAACAGCUCACUGUUCCAGGUGAGCUCUCAAAAGAUUUUGGAAGAUGUUGUCGGGAUCACUGUGGAAAAUGAGAUUAUCAGAAAUCUCCCAGAGCCUGUCAGAAUCAUGUUCCGUCACGCCGACAUUCUGGAAACUCAGACCACGAAGUGUGUCUCAUGGGACGUGAGAAAGGACCAUGAGCUCAAGUGGCGUGAAGAAGGGUGUGUCACAGUUCAUCGUGGUGCACAGGAGACAGAGUGCCACUGUAACCACCUCACUUACUUUGCUAUUCUUGUGCAAGUGAAUCCUAGAAGAUUGCGCCAUCUAGAGGCACUGACGUUCAUUACAGCAGUGGGGUGUGCACUGUCUGCUGUCAGCUGCGUGCUUGUCUUUGUGGCUCUCUGCAGGCAGAGGAGGAGAGGGAAAGACCAGUCCAGCCUUGUGCACCGUGGCUUGGUCGUGUCCCUCUUUUUUCUCUGCCUCCUCUUCAUGCUGACUGGCACCGUGGCCAAUGUCAGCCAUGAGCGGGUGUGUCAGUUCAUGGGUGCGCUGUUGCACUACGCGCUGCUCUGCUCCCUCUGCUGGAUGGCUGUGGAAGUGCUGCACACAUUCAGGAUGGUUUACAUGAUAUUCAGUGUGCCCCCGAAGCCGUGGAUCUGGUACCUGAUGGGAUUUGGUUUCCCAGUUCUGCCUGUUGUUAUUUUAGUGUCUAUGGGCAACAUUUAUGGACCAAGGACGAUAUCGCAGAGUGAAGAUGUGGCAAACCCCUACCACAUGUGCUGGAUGCGGGAUACCCACGCAGCCCUGCUGGCUCACUGCAUCACUAAUGUGGGCCUUCUGGCUGCCGUGGUUACAUCGGGGUUCAUCAUGCUCUUUCUGGUUGUAAGAGAGAUCCACAACCGGACCGAGUGGAGGAAGAGGCGCGUGGCGUUCCUCAGUAUCUGGGGCCUUAGCUGUCUGUUCGGCACCACAUGGGGUCUGACCUUCUUCGAUUUUGGGCCUCUCUCAGAAAUCAUCCUCUUCCUUUUCUGCAUCAUCAACUCUCUUCAAGGAUUUUUCCUCAUGCUGCGGUUCUAUGUCUUGGCGCGGAUGCAGAGCCAGUCCGAGUACGCCACAGACGGCAGCAGCACGGGAUCCACCCGGCAGCACAUGCUGCAAACCCAGGAGAGGAACUAGAAACAGAGGAAGAUGAGCGAUUCCCUCACACUUUCACGCAUGUUUUAGCGUAAUCAACACAUAUAAAGUGCUUCACAAGGGUAUUAAUGAAGGGUGUUUCAGCUUAUUUCAUCAUGUCCUGCAGGUCAGGAUCUUAUAGCAAUGCACUGAAAAACACUGGAAAAGAGAGAAUUAUUUCACUGAAAUAUUUCAUUGAAAACUGCUCCUCCUGCUAAAAGGUUAAUUUUACAGUGUGUAAGAUUAUUUCUACAGCAUGUAAAUUGGUUUAUUUCUAUUAAGAUCACAGCACUUUAGCAUUAUUGCUGACUACUCUGCAAAACUACUGUGUUCCUUCUUAGUAACAUGAGCGGGUCUUCAUCAGAAAACAUCCAUAACUUUGAAAAGUCUUCCCUUAUGUUAUAGAUUGUGUAUUUGAUGGAUACACAUGAACUAGAUUUAUUUAUCUAAAUAAAUUGGUUUUGGCUGGUAUGUCAUGCACUGUUGAACUUAAGACUUUUCUGAAAAGAAUUUUGAGUAGAAAAUGACUGUUGCGACUAAUCUGUAAUGGUGGAAACAUGUGGUUUGUUAUUGCAGUGAGAAACUGGUUAUUGUGUAAACAGUAUAAAUAUGUAAACAGUUGUAUAUAUGUUCACACUUCUGUGUUUUCUGUGGUGUAGGUUCAGGUCUUCCAUUAUGAUAUAUGUAUCUUAAACCGUUUCACCAGGGGUCUGAAAGCCGCAGUGUUUUGCUCACUUCAGUGACGUGAGAGCGGUGUGGAAACGGAGCCACACACCUUGAACCUCACAGCACUUGAGAUGCUCUGCAGCUGAGCUCUGUGCUGGCGGACUUGGCGCACCUUUUCUAUUUGAGUAUUUUGUAGUUAUUUCAGAAAAUGUCAUCAGACAAAAGUGGUUGAAAUAAUAUUUGAUGACAUUUUGAGCAUUUGUGAUGACAUUUGGGGAUCCUGAGGUAUUGGGUAUUCUUACUGAGUUAGAUUUGUUUUCAUAUAAAAAUGUAAAAACUAGAAAUAAAUCAUUGUUUCAUUGUUUCUCCAGACAGGCACAUUAAGAAUAAAUGUAUGGUUUAUUUUUUUGCAACAAUAAACAAUGAAAUUUACAUCA